ACCAGUUGUCACAGAUCGGCGAAGCGGAGUGCACGAAGGCAGAGGGAAGAAAACAUCUUCCUGGAAAGACAUAACACAUGCAGGUUUCAACACUCCAUUCCUUCCUCAUAGCAGAAAACAUUUAGACACAGCUAAUCAGAUUGUUUAAGUUCACAUUCUGUCAUUUGAGUAGAGGAUACUUGUCUUUAUGAGAAGAUGGCUUCAUCGUCUGGGUCAAACGCAAUGAGGAUUGUGCUGCUGGGGAAAACAGGAAGUGGCAAAAGCAGUGCAGGAAACACCAUCAUUGGAGGAGGAGAUGAGUUCAAGAUAGACAGUUCAGCCAACUCCGGAACGCACAAGUGUGAAGCAAAGACCAAGAUCAUCAAUGGAAGAAAACUCACUGUAGUAGACACACCUGGAUUUUUUGACACAAACAUCCCUGAAGAGGAUCUGAAACCUGAACUAGUGAAAUGUAUUGUAGAGUGUGCUCCGGGGCCACAUGUCUUUCUCAUUGUGCUUAAAGUGGAAAAGUACACAGUCCUCGAGGAAAGAGUCAUCACAGAAAUCGAGAACUUUUUUUCACGACAGAUCUUCAAUUAUGCCACAGUUCUCUUCAUUUACGGUGACCAGCUUCCUGAAGGAAAAACUAUUCAGGAUUUUGUGAAAACAAAUAAGAAACUGAGUGAGCUUGUGGAGAAAUGUGGUGGCCGCUGUCACGUCAUUGACAACAAAUACUGGAACACCAGUCAGCAGAGUCAGUACAGGAACAACCAGUACCAAGUAGCAGAGUUACUCAACACCAUAGAGAGAGAGGACGGAGGAAGAUGCUACACCAAUGAGAUGCUUCAAGCAGUGGAGGGAGUCAUACAAGCAGAGAUAGAGAGUCUUAGAGAGUCAAACAGCCAGAUGUCAGAGGAAGAGAUCGAAAAACUAGCCAAGGAAAGAGCGAGAGAGAAACUCCUGAUCAAACUGUCAGGGGUAACAACAGGUAUAGUGGUAGGAGCUCUACUUGGGAUUACAGGGUCAUUGGCAGUAGUACUUUCUCUCUUAAGUAGUACAGCAGCAGCAGCAGCAGCAGCAGCAAAAGCAGCAGCAGCAGCAAAAGCAGCAGCAGGAGGAGUUGUAGGAGGAGUAGCAGGAGGAGUAGCAGGAGAAGUAUCAGCAGCAGCAGGAGUAGCAGGAGUAGCAGCAGCAGCAGGAGGAGGAGUAGCAGGAGCAGUAGCAACAGCAGCAGCAGGAGGAGUAGCAGGAGGAGUAGCAACAGCAGCAGGAGUAGCAGGAGGACUAGUAGGAGGAGGAGUAGCAGGAGGAGUAGCAACAGCAGCAGGAGGAGGAGUAGCAGGAGGAGUAGCAACAGCAGCAGGAGUAGCAGGAGGACUAGCAGGAGGAGGAGUAACGGCAGCAGGAGGGGUAGUAGGAGGAGCAGCAGCAGGAGGAGUAGCGGGAGCAGCAGGAGUAGCAGGAGGAGUAGCAGCAGCAGGAGGACUAGCAACAGCAGCAGUUUACUAA